AGUCUUUGACAUCUGAUGACUAAGUUUACUUGCAGUAGACCACCUGUCUGAAGUAAUCGAGGCUAGCCAUGCAUAAUCAUGAUGGGGACCCUGGGGAUGCGAAUUCAGUGGUUAAGCAAGCGUUUUAUCUUACGAUAAAAUGGAGUAGAAUUUUCAAGUAUAUGAAUACAAAGAAAAUGGCAGAAGUUGCAAAAAGUGCAAUGGAAAAUACAGAAAACGAAUCAAAGUACGCAAACCAGGAAGUUAACGGAACAAACAACGCGCUUACAGAUGUCCAAAAGGAUAAAGAUAAAAAAGAUUCCAAAACUUCAGGCCCAUUGCCGGUCAUUGGAGAGCAUUAUCUAGUCAGACGCUCCGAUGGAACUUGGCAUGCAGCUGAAAUCAUCCAGAGCCGAGGGAAUGAUCAUGGCAGUGGAAGACAUGGUUAUUACGUCCAUUAUGAUGGGUUUAAUCGUCGUUUGGAUGAGUGGGUGGAUAUUGAUAGGCUGGACCUGAGCAAUAAACUCGAAGACCCACACUGUAAAAUCAAAGACAUGUCAAUCAUGAUGACAGACUUGAGUGAUGGAACAGAUCGCAAAAUCACACGCAACCAAAAGCGAAAGCAUGAUGAAAUUAACCAUGUACAAAAGACUUACGCCGAGAUGGACCCCACAACAGCUGCACUAGAGAAAGAGCAUGAAGCGAUAACAAAAGUGAAAUACAUCGAUAAGAUUCAGAUCGGUCGAUACGAGAUCGAUGCCUGGUACUUUUCUCCAUAUCCAGAGGAAUACGGUAAACAAUCCAAGUUGUGGAUUUGCGAAUUCUGUCUGAAGUACAUGAGAUUAGAGCGGUCUUAUCGUUAUCACCAGAGCCAGUGUGUGUAUCGUCACCCACCGGGGAAAGAAAUCUACAGAAAAGGAACCAUUUCUUUGUUUGAAGUAGACGGAAAAGAUGCCAAAAUUUACUGUCAGAAUCUUUGUUUACUGGCCAAGUUAUUUUUGGAUCAUAAGACACUAUAUUUCGACGUGGAGCCGUUCAUGUUUUACAUACUGACGGAGGUGGACAGACAAGGCUGCCAUCUGGUGGGAUAUUUCUCAAAGGAGAAGGAAUCGCCUGAUGGGAAUAACGUGGCUUGUAUCAUGACCUUGCCACCGUUCCAGAGAAAAGGAUAUGGAAAAUUUCUGAUCGCUUUCAGUUAUGAGUUGUCUAAACUGGAGGGGACGGUGGGCUCCCCGGAGAAGCCCUUGUCUGACUUGGGCAAACUCAGUUACAGGAGUUACUGGUCCUGGGUUCUUCUAGAAAUUCUACGAGACUUUCGAGGAACGUUGUCCAUUAGAGAUUUAAGCGAGAUGACCAGCAUCACACAGAACGACAUCAUCAGUACUCUACAGUCCCUCAACAUGAUCAAAUAUUGGAAAGGACAGCACGUCAUCUGUGUCACUCCCAAGCUUGUAGAAGAACACUUAAAAAGUGCCCAGUACAAACGUCCAGUGCUCACAGUGGACUCGUCAUGUCUUCGAUGGGAGCCACCUCGCAAGAAUCCCAAACUUCUAAAGAAAUAAAAGAGACUAUGACUUUUCAUCGGGACUACUGUGGAACAAAUUUUCAAAUGAGGCAUUGUGAUACAAAAUGGCCAAGUUUCAAGGAUUUGAACUUAUCUUUUUAAAAUCUGAUGAGUUCAUAACAUGCUUUAUUAGAAAUUAUUCUUUGAAAGUUUCAUGCAAUAAUUUUGGAUCAUGUUGUUAAAAAGUGCAACACGUAUAGUAGCUGUGUUACAUUUGAUUCAAAGCCUUAAAGAUCUCGUGAUCUUUCCAUUUUAAUGAUGUGUUCGUUUUGUGGUAUGUAUAUGUAAACAUAUUAUGUGUUGGUUUUGUUGUUUGUAAGCAGUUACAAAUUAAAUUUGAAAUAUCUAA